AAAAAUCACAAAAUGUCACUUGUCUAAAACACGUUUUCACUAUCCGUCAAAAUAAUUUCCAAAUAUGCGUAUAGAAACGUGUUAUUUCUGCUCAUCUCGAAUAUAUCCAGGCCACGGCAUUCAAUUCGUAAGAAACGAUUGCAAGAUAUUUAAAUUCUGUCGUUCAAAGUGCCAUGCAGCCUUUAAGAAAAAGAAGAAUCCGCGUAAAACGAAAUGGACGAAAGCCUACAGAAAAACGGUGGGUAAAGAGCUUGCAAUUGAUCCAUCGUUUGAAUUUGAAAAACGUCGAAAUGUGCCGCUUCCUUACAACCGAGAGACGUGGAGUAAAGCUAUUAACGCGAUGAAAAAGGUUGAAACGAUCAAACAGAAACGUCAGAAUAAUUUCAUAAUGCAAAGGUUAAGGAAGGGUAGGGAAUUGGAGAAUGAGCGGGAUAUUAAAGAGGUGCAACGCGAUAUUUCUUUAAUAAAAUCUCCAGCUGCUGGUUUGAAAAAGGCUAAACUUGGUGAAGAACAAAGAAUUAGUGAAAGUGAGGAUGAUGAGGAAGAGGCUGGAAUGGAGGUUGAGGAUUGUGGAGAAGUCGUUUUGUAAAAAUAAGAUAAAUUAAUUAGAAUAAAUUGUAUAACAAAGUUGUUAUUGUCAUUAAUAUCUAAGAAAAGCUUAUUAUCACAUUUUGUUAAGUUACUUUGAUUGUCAAUAUUUACACAUAAAAAAUAAGUACAGUCAUAA